AUAUCAUGCGAUGAAGCCGGUGGCAGUUCUGGGAGCGAUUCAAAGCUUGGAAGUAUUCGUGCCGAAGUUAUUCCUGUGCCUCAGACAAAUUUAUUUCUUGCUCUUAUCAAUGAAAGUUGUGUGCCGCAACACCCAGUUCAGGCGUUUUGCCCCUGUUCAGUAAGCGAUCGUCGUUGUUUGCUUUGUACACGUUUUGAUGAUACCGAAUGCGAAUGUCCAUGUCAAUGUCCGUUAAAUUGCAAUACUCAGUGCAGUGUUGACUCGAAUUCAAACACUUCAUUUUAUGAGGUACCAUAA